GAUUAUUUAACUGAUAGAUGCCAACGCGUGGUGCUAGAAAAUGUUGAUUCUGAAUGGUCCCCUGUUACCUCUGGGGUACCUCAGGGGAGCAUUUUAGGGCCAUUGUUAUUUACAAUUUUUAUCAAUACUCUGCCUGAUUCCCUAUCUGCACCUGCAUCGAAAACUGCUCUUUACGCGGACGAUUCAAAAGUAUAUCGACCUAUUACAUCUCCGGUUGACUCCAUGGCCCUACAACAAGACCUGAAUAACCUUGAUGUUUGGAGCGUCAAAAACAGUCUACAGUUUAAUUCAUCUAAAUGUGAAAUCCUCACAGUUACAAGAAAGAAAAAUCCCAGUACAUUUCCAUACAACCUGGCUGGUAAUGAUCUUGUUCGUUGUGAUGAAGUAAGAGAUUUGGGGAUAACAAUAACUUAUAAUCUUAAGUGGGAUUCUCAUGUCACACGAAUUCGAUCUACUGCAAAUAAAUGUCUGGGUCUCCUGAAACAGACUUGUUAUGAUUUACCUGAUACGCGAGCUAGGAGAGCUUUAGUUUGUAUCUAUCCCUAG